AUGUCAGGCAACGAUCCCAGCAUCCCAUUAGCAUCAAUACCUCCCCAACGAUCGCUUUCAAUCCAGCGACCCACGAGGGGCCGUGCAACCUUAGCACCUGGCCUCAUUACUCCGUCACGAGGGACGUCGGCUACAAGGACGGUUGAUGAACGAAGCGAACUGAAACCAGCCCAUUACGCGUCGGCUGUGCGGGAGUACGCACAUCUGCCGAACUGCAUUGGUGAUAAUUAUAUAUGGCUGGCAAGGUUCCUUAAAUCAGACGAAACCGCGUCGACUCAUGUCUCCCCCAACCCACCAGGAGACAGGUCUCCUAACCCAGCUCCUUUGGUUGUACAAUAUCUCCUCGGCUGCAACGACGAUCCGUCUUCCCCUCAGCAUAACCCGACCCGAAACUUGUCGACCACCAGUAUACAGCCCCUAGGGCCUGGAGAACCAACUCCAGCUACUGAGAGAACCUCUGCAGACGAAAGACGCAAUCGCCAUGAGGUUAAACCGUCUAUCCCCUUCAACACUCCAGCCGAGUUCUUUUCGAGGGGCACCGGCGAAGGUUUCAACGGAGCCCAGAGCAGCGUAGUCUUCCUCUGCGGUUACCUGCCAGGGGCCUGGAUCAACCACGUGGGCGCUCGGUACAUCAUCGAUCCCGAAUUUUUCUGUCGUCAUCUGGACUUUCGCAGUCCUGAUGAAACCCCAAAGAACUUCUCAAUACCAGCACUGCCGUCGUGUUCAUCAUUUCUAAUAGAGCUCCCUGUCAUGACGAUAGGCAUUGACAAGACCAACAAAGGAUUCUAUGGGAAGACAAUCGAAAUCACAAGAAGAGAGGCUGAAGCCGCGCUCGACACACACAGGCAUCGCUUGGCUAUAAGUGACAUGGCCGAUGGCGAGUCACUGAUUCGAGACUUCUAUGUGUUUGACGACACACACUUUGCUGUGGAGCAACGUAUCUCAAUCUGCAUGGAAAAAUCCAAAGAUGAGAGGAGUUUCCAACUGCUAGUCUGGCUUGACUCAACUGAAAGACUUCACGAUUCCGGGGACUCGACUUCCCCAAGUUCAUCAUCUCCUAGCUCCCUUAGCUCGCCUUCGCUCCGCUCGUCAUUCCCCGGCUUCCAUCAAAAGACUCAAACGUAUCCAUGGGUAAUCAAGCAACCCAGCUCUGAUAACCGCUACCUUCCCGUCAUUCUCCAUAAGCACAAAAUCGCCCUUAAGGCACAUCUCCUCAGCCAAGGAAUCUUGAGCCCAUCCGCACGUUCUGCGGCACACCUCCCGAACGACUAUGGUCGCUCCCUUCACGCGGCAAUUAUGUCCCAAGACGCCUUCUACUGUCUCACAGAAAUCUUCAACUUUGCUUCUUCCUCUCAGAUGGAAUUUCUCAAUCUUAUCGACCUCAAGCUCGACCUGUACACCUCCCUGCCACCUGAGAAGGACUUUGAGGUCCUCCCCAAUCUAAAAUACAGCAAGAAGAUUCUGUACCGCUACAUCCAGAAGACAGAGAGGGUGCUCGAAAGCAUCCGCAACGCCACCAACAAGGAAUCCCGCUGGCCCCGCCCGAUAGACCAGACCGAGAAGGCCAGGGUCACGGCGCAGAACAUUGAGCGCGACUUUGAGCAUCUGCUAAAGCGGGCACAAACGCUCCAUAGCCGCACUACGGAGGCUAUUGCUGUCCUGAUGUCAAGCAUUUCCAUCUUCGAGUCGCAGAAGGCAAUCCAGCAGGCGGAGGACAUGGCGAGACUUACGUCCUUGGCGUUUCUUUUCGUGCCGCUUUCUUUUGCUACAAGCUUAUUUGGCAUGAACUUCAAAGAGCUUGAUGACAAAAAAUUGUCGAUCUGGUUGUGGGGACUGGUAUCGGCAAUAUCUCUUUUAAUAGCGAUCCUGGCUUAUUGCCUCUUUCCUUAUGUGGAGCGACUAAGAAACAGAGUUAAGGUCCUAGUGGUGAGGUGGUGGAAGUCUAUCGUUGCUUAA